AUGUAUAAACGAACAUUGUCUCUCUUUCUCUCUCUAUCAACCUAUCUGGUUCUCUCUUUCUCUCUUGGUCUAUCUAUCUAUCUAUCUAUCUAUCUGUCUGUCUGUCUGUUUCUCUCUCUAUCGCUCUAUCUUUCUGUUUCACUCGAUCUAUCUAUCUGUCUCUCUCUUUCUCUCUAUCUAUCUAUCUGUCUGCCUGUCUCUCUGUCUGUCUAUCUCUCUGUCUGUCUGUCUGUCUGUUUAUCUCUUUAUCACUCUAUAUGUUUCUCUCUAUCUAUCUAUUUGUUUUUCUCUCGAUCUAUCUGUCCCCUAUCUCUAUCUGUCUGUCUAUUUCUCUGCUUCUCUCUCUAUCACUCUAUAUUUCUAUCUGUUUCGCUCGAUAUAUCUAUUUGUUUUUCUCUCGAUCUAUUUGCCCCACUCUCUCUCUGUUUCUAUCUAUCUAUCUAUCUAUCACUCUAUCUGAUUCUCUCUCUCUCUCUCUUGAUCUAUCUAUCUAUCUAUCUAUCUGUUUCUCUCUCUAUCACUCUGUUUCACUUAAUCUAUCUAUUUGUUUUUCUCUCGAACUAUAUAUUUGUACCUCUCUCUCUCACUAGUCUCUUUCUCUGCCUGGAUCUAACUAUCUAUCGAUUUCUCUCGAUCAAUCACUCAUUCUAUUCAUUUCUAUCUACCCCUCUCUCUCUGUUUGCUAUCGGUUUCUCUCUCUCUCUUUCUCUCUCCACACACACACACUUUCACAAUCCCACUUUUGUACAAGUUCAUUAA